AUGUCACUGCUUUCUGAUCUUGUACACCUCCGCACCACUGUCGAGGUCAGCCCACAACGCUCGAAUCUGGACAACGUGUUAAGCCUCGCGUCCACCACUUAGCGACAGCCGAUCCUCCCGCCGCACCAAUCAAGCACAGUAUAUUUACUCCGGUCCGCUCCUACGCAACCGUCCAGUGUCAGUAAUCGAUGAUGUGGUUGUCAAAUGCAGUCUUGGGCAGCUCGUGCGCGGCAACACCAACUUCCGCCUGGAUCUCCUGAAGGAGCUUUGUCGGGCGCGCCACGUGGAAGGAUACUCCAGGAGGAACCCGCUUGCCAAAGAGCUAUCCCUACAAGCGCUCCUUUGGUCGUGCAAUCCCAACUGUAAUGCUUGUUCAAAUGGGUACGUUUUCAGAAGGCAACAAGCGGCGAGUCCCGUGACUCCGCCACGUCGUCAUUGCUUCCCCGACCACAGAGCAUACGCAUCAAAACCUGUUGACGUGCUUCGAGCCUGACUGAACGAGGAAGUCCAGAAGAAUCGCGAGAACGUCUCAGCGACUGACUCUAAACAAACGCUGCACAGAUGUCUACCGCUGCAUCCCGAACCCGAACAAGAAGAACCCGAUAAACUGACAUCGCAUUUGCGCCAGCAUCCGAUCAGUUCAAGACAGAGCACCGUUUUGAAUGGAAUGAUUACUUCACCGACGCUCGUUCCCGUCUCUUCUGCUGCCUGGUGUGCUCCGAGAGAGUCUUCGGGCAUCAAGUACGAUGGGUGCCUGAACACCGCAUCAAGCGUGAGGAAUCAGGGAUUUGGAAGGUAUUAACCAACUCUACACUUACGGACGGACCUCCGACCACCCACUUACGAUUUUUCAGCUUGACGGGGCGCACUCAUCCAUCCCCGACGUCUUCAUCGACUGAGCGAUUUAAUCGAUCAGAUCGCGUACUCGCCCACGAACAACACGCUUCAGUGCUCACUCUGUCCAGACUGCUUCAAACGGUUAUUCCCUACCACAGGGCCACCGACUAA